AUGGGGUGGAUAUCCUUUCGGUUACGUGGGAGCAUCUCUGCUUCACCGGUCCUGGCAAAAGCACAUCCUGAAAUCAACUUCCACAGGCUCUUCUGCAUCCCGGGCGGAGCAGCCGGAGCGCAUCACGGACCUUUGGCCAAGGUCAUUGCGAGGACAGUAUUUGGUACGGCGGCACACUUCAGGAUGGAAGAAAUCCGCGUUAAGGCCUUCCCCGAAGCAGUACGAAAACGCGGAGGCCCCCUUGCAAAAGGGAAGGACCUCUGUGCCGUCCAGUUUCUUGGGGACGCGACUUUGCGCCGUGAACAGCCUCGCGCCCUUCUCGCGGCCGCUGCAGCGAUGGCCGGGGUUGCCGAGUGCCGCCUGUAUGAUGCUGUCCUUCCAACCCUGACGGCUUCGGGAAUGAUGGUAGAGCCAUGUAUUUUGUCCCCAGACACACCACAAAAACAAAAGUUUGGAAACUUAGGGGUCAGGAAGAAGUCGUUCCUAUUUUCAGCUCUGUAUGCUGCCUUUAUAUUUGGUGGUCGGCACCUAAUGAACAAACGAGCAAAAUUUGAACUGAGGAAACCACUAGUGCUCUGGUCCCUGAGCCUUGCCGUCUUCAGUAUAUUCGGUGCUGUUCGAACUGGUGCUUAUAUGCUGUACAUUUUGAUGACCAAAGGCCUGAAGCAGUCAGUGUGUGACCAGAGUUUCUACAUUGGACCUGUCAGCAAAUUCUGGGCAUAUGCAUUUGUGCUAAGCAAAGCACCCGAACUAGGUGAUACAAUAUUCAUUAUUCUUAGGAAACAGAAGCUCAUCUUCUUACACUGGUACCAUCACAUUACCGUGUUACUUUAUUCUUGGUAUUCCUACAAGGACAUGGUGGCUGGCGGUGGCUGGUUCAUGACCAUGAACUAUGGAGUGCACGCCGUUAUGUACUCUUACUAUGCCUUGCGGGCUGCUGGCUUCAGAGUCUCACGCAAGUUUGCCAUGUUCAUCACCUUGUCGCAGAUCACUCAGAUGUUGAUCGGCUGCGUGGUUAACUACCUGGUCUUCUCCUGGAUGCAGCAGGGCCAGUGCCAUUCCCACGUGCAGAACAUCAUCUGGUCCUCUCUCAUGUACCUCAGCUACUUUGUGCUCUUCUGCCAUUUUUUCUUUGAGGCCUAUAUCGGCAAAACCAGAAAAGAAAGGAAGGUUGACUAGGGGUAGAAACGAGAAGCCAUAGCUCAGGGUCAUCAAGAAAACAACAAAAUUAUAAGAAAAUGGCACAAGGAAACACAUAUUUGUAUGGUGCAGGUAAAACUUGGCAGCUUAGGGAAAGUUAGCUUGGUUUAACCCAGUAAGUUUAUGAUCCUAUCAUGGUGAGGACUCACUGAAUUCUACUCUAUCUCAAAGGACUGCUGAUGAAAGACAACUUCCUUCUUGUACCUGUCUGCUCUAGAAAAGAAAGGAGAAAAGAAAGAAGAGGAAGAA